AGACAUGCAAUCAAGCAUACAUACGUAUGCAAUCAACGACGCGUUGAAGCAGUCCUUUUCGAAACAAACAGAAGAUGCUUAUGCCAAGAAAGACCAUUCAUACAUGAGAUUUUUAAAUAUCGACCCAGAAAUGCCAUGUUCGUUCGUAGAGAACACGACGACGUGUUGCGCUGGCAAGGAGAAAGCUGAAGGAUAGAAUAUUGUGGCAUGAUUAUGUAGCUGACCGCAACGCGCAUAUUCAUGAAUCGGUAAGGCUGACCGUUCACUCUUCGUGCCUAGUGGAUUACCUGAUCGACUGAGCAGCGGUAGUGCGCAGCAUCGCAAUCGUUCUUAGUGCGCAGCAUCGCAAUCGUCAGGAAAAUCUUCAGCAAGCGGCCGAAUAGAUUCGAAUCAUCAGUGCGCGGCUGGAUCGGGAUACAUUCAUAUUUAGUGCAGGCUACAACAGGCGCGAGGAGAAGUGCUGGACAUCUAGGACAACUCUAAUUCAGGUUGUCAUCUUUGAUGUUGAUACCGCGUCGAGACUCCACGACAAGAUGAGCACCGACUACACGACGGAAGAUGCGAAGGCGCUUCUCGCUGGCCAGAAUAAUGAGGAGGAAGAUGCAGCGGGAAUGCGUCCUAGACGAUGCACAGACAUGUUCUGUUUGUUAGUCUUUCUUACGUUCACGGCAGGGCUAUUCUACAUACUGCAAUACGCCGUUAACAACGGAGACAUCCGCAGACUUUCGCAUGGAUUCAACUACAAAGGGAAACUAUGUGGGGUACUACAGCUGAGUGAUGGAUUUCGAAUUGUUCUUCUGGUCCUUGGAAUUUCAGAUCUCGGUUAUAUCUCGUAUGUAACUACAAUUAUAAAAAUGUUCAUGAUCUUCUUCAAGAAAAUCGUGAGAGAGACUCAUUCACCAUCAACUCCACCUGCACCUCAACAAACCAUCUUACGAUCAAGACCACCGCUACCUCACACCCUGCACCCAGGUAGACCCUGGCUACGAAGAUAGGCCAUACCUUUUCUAUUGCGCGAGUGGGAUUCCAGUCCCGGGAACGGACCCACCAAUACCCUCAUCUUUGGAUUUGCAGCAUCCAAUCUGCGUAUCCGAAUGUCCGGUGUCGGGAGAGCAGACGUAAGAUUUUUUUUUGAUCGCAGUCUGUCAGUGAUGUGAAAUUCCAAUUACUGGUGUUGUUGGUGAAGGGCUUGACUGUUUGUAAGGGCUUGAGUGUUUGUUUCCAGUGUAUCUGAUCUUGACCCAUCUAGAUCCACGGUUACUAGAGGUAGACGCGUUCUAAAUUAUCUUGUAUCUGGCGAUUGCUAUCAUGUUCACCAAACUCAGCUUCCUCUGCUAUGCUGGAUCGAAGGUGACCCAUAGUGAUCCGGUAAAUUCGGAUGGGGAUUACGCGGAGACGAUAAAGUACGACUUCGAGAGGACAUUAAGCCUUAAUCGUAUUCAUCCUAAGAGGCAUCUUGGAGGGGUUUUCUUUGUGAGGGAAGUUAGCUACAACCGAGAUGCUCUUCCGGAUGAAUAUCAGGAAGGUCUAAGGACAGCAGCCUACGAAAGCUACACCUUCAUGCAUCGAUAUUGCAUACCGAAGUUAUGAUUUGAAAUUGCUGAUUUGACUGAUCUGAUUGAAGAUGGAUUAGACAACUGCCUGGAAAAGACUAGUACUGCCACUGGUAUCUAGGUCUACUCCUUAUAUUUUCUACUUAAAUGUAGUGGUAGUCGCAUACGCAUCCUCACACCUACAUGCCUUUAUCACGUCGGGGAAGGAAUUAGAGCACCUAAGUAGCCUGAAUAAUAAUAUUCUAAGACCCGCUGAAGCCUUGGCGAUGCAAGUAAUGCAAAGCAUAGGGGAUGGCGCGGUUCCUCAGGCCAUGAUGAAAGUCGGAACGGUCCGCGCGGGUUAUCCGGCAUUAAUUCUCUCUGCUGGUCUAGCAUUUGGCUUGGGGUAUGGUACGGCAGAUGUUGGCAGAUGCUAAGAGAGAGUAAGUAAAUAUUGUUCUGUAGUGAAGAUUACAUUUAAGAAAUUGAGUUUCACGUAGUUGUGACUCAAAAAUGUUGGCAGAUGCUAAGAUCGACCUUUUUCGUUUGCGUGGCUAGUAGUGGAAAAAACCCCUGUGCCCGAAGCCUAACACGACUACUAUCUCGCUCUAAUCCCUCAUACCUCUAUUUUCUCCGACGUUUUGCUGGCCUCGUUGUGUAUUUGUGUCUGGUUGCCGUCGUUGCCGGUACUGCUGGUCUUGGAGCCUUUUUUCUCUCUGUAGCGGACUCAGGUGGUAUUGGCGAAUCAGCAGGCGAUGGUGCGACCUGCUAUUUCGCUGGUGUCGGUCUACUCUGCUUUUCUGGGCUCUUCUUGUUGGUGUUAUGGCAGGUGAUCGGUGUGUGCGUGAUAUGCAUGAUGAACAAGUCGUUUUUCCACUCAAGAGUGUCUUUUCCCUCUAUACAACGCUCACGCUGUCGUCGUGUCACCAUUGUACUAGUGAUAGCAGCAUUCUAAUGAUCGCCGCCGCCAAAAGAAAAACCCUUGACAUCAGCAUCGCUUGCGUCCAGGGAUCCUGUGAGGCCAUAUUUUCGAUGCCGUCGCUGCUGCUCUUACCAGUAGUCGAGAUGGUUACAAAAGUAGGCGUCUUGGCGAUCAUGUAAGUACUUUUUCCAUGACCUUACCUGAAAAGAUGUAAUGAUGUUAUGACAUAAUGACGUUUGAUUUGUGAAGAUGUAGAUGAAGAACAGUCAGUAGGGAAUCGAUUUGAUUCGAUCAUUUUCUUGUUCUUGUUUUGUUAUUCCCCUUGUAGAAGGUAGACGUAGACUACUGCCUCCAAACUUUAUCCUGCACCCUCCAUCAGGCUAUAUGGUUUCAUGUGGGUAGUAUCAACGGGUGAUGUAUCCUCAGAAUCCGCAACGAUCGGAGGCGUGCGUGUGCAUGGACUCUCUAGGACUUUCGAGUAUUAUGGAGAUGGCAAUUGGCUUACAUUUUUGUCACAAUGAAAGACUCAAGAAUAUCUAGUAUCUAGUGAAAAAGAACAUCAUGGAGAGAGUUCGCUCUCAUGACACACUAAGUUAGACUAAACUUUAGUAUGAAAUAAGAAACCAGAGUACACAGGACAAAAUCACGAUUAAAAAGUACUCGUGCUCACACUCAAUACAUCAAAGGACGUCGCCUUCUACUUUCUAAUCCAACACAAAUGAGCAGCUUCGCUACGUCGCAUACUGGACCUUUGGGAUGUUCUGGCUUUCAGAACUUUUCUCUGCGCUUGGCCAGUUCGUAGUCAGCUACAGUGUGGUGCUUUGGUAAUAAAUGUUAUCUGGUUCUUUAUUCCCCACACCCCUCUUCCUUUUGUUCCAAAAUUUGAGGAUGUUUUUACAGUGACGCGUGAAAAAGUUCGACUUCGAACGUGAAAAUGGCUUACGUGCUGGGGCCUUACAAUCCAAGUGGACUUUGAUCAAUCCUAAAUUAGGUACUUUUCCGAGAAGGACAGCUAUGGCGGUAAGAUAGGGCCAACAGCACCUGUAGCGAAAGGCUAUUUUGCUGGCCUCUUCUUCCAUCUCGGCACACUAGCGAUGGGCUCAUUUCUCAUCGCUUCACUACGUCUAGUCCGCUUAGUCAUGAGUUACCUGUCGAAACAGGCGAAGGCGGCUGAUAAUUAUGGAGAUGUUUCUCGGCAGUCUUCUUUAACGUUGAGUUCACAUUGAGUAAAGUUGAGUUUUCAAUCGGAUGGUUCUCAAGGAAGUGCGAGUCUUUGCUAUGCUCCUAGCUCCGAAUGCGAAUGUUUCUUCCUGGCUGCCCUCACUCUCGGACUUCUUUCCGCUCCUCCUCCAUCUGUUUCUCCCUCUCUAACCGUUCCAAGUUCUUGCCGCCAUAGCGAAAGUGAUGAUAUGCUGCGUGCUGUGUUUUGAGCGGUUUGUCAGCUUCAUAGGAACCACGGCUUAUAUAGAUGUUGCGAUAAGGAGUACCAAUUUUUGCUCCGCUGCUAGAAACGCUUUCGCUAUGAUGACACAAGAGAUGGCGACAGUAGCCAUAUUGAAUGGAGCCUGCUUUGUUUUUCAGGUAUUUUUACACGAUCUUAACUUGCUUUGUUUUUCAGUUAUUUCAACGUUAUAUUUUAACUCAUUUUUUUUUACGUUGACAUCAGUGAGGAGUCAGAUCGCGUCGUCCCCACAGGAACUCAGUAAUACAAAAUUUGAACUUUAUGGACGAUUGCAUUUACUUACAGUGAUCCCUGAUUUUUCUUGUAGAUACUGUUUCUUUUUCACACGCCUCCUCAACUGUGUGAAAGUGGUGCAGUGGUCAAGUGUCCGGACUCUGAAUUGCAAGUCCGGUGGUUCGAUCUGCUUGUAGGCGCCAGCCAAAGCAGAUGGUCCUAAACGAAGACAAUAGACAGUGACUAGCGUCGUAGAGGAAUAGUCAUCAGAGAUCAUCCCACAGCAAAGGACGGAGGGCCGCUACAAUUGAUAGUGCGGCUCUCUGUGAAAAGCCUGUGGUAGAGAAAAGUAAGCUGCUGCCUCGCUAUGCAUCGCCAAAAUGGUUCGUAGAGACCGGAGAUGUACAAUGGCGUAGCACAAUUCUGCUCAGCGUGCUUCUAUAAAAGAUGGUCAUGACUCGUUGUUCCCACAAAGCAGGAUCUUCAAACACAUCUCAGGCUCUCGGCGCUGCGGUAAUAUCUGGUCUGGGUGGCUUUCUAACCUUCCUAUGCGUCAUGGAAUUUGACGCCUUUACGAACAACCAAAGCGCAUACUACAUUGCGGAUCCGGUCUUUAUCAGCCUGGUUGCAGCUGCAAUAUCACUCGUCACUGCACUUAUGGACUACAGCUACACAAUCAGACUUCCUCGCAUAUUUGAUGAAUCGACUGAAGCAACUCGAUAGGAGACGAUGUUCUACGCUGUACUAUGGUCAGGAAUAGCAAGAGAAUUCGAACGUUUCCUUUUUUUUUAUAAGCUUCUGGAUGGAAUAACUUACUUACUAAAUUCUUUGAGCAGUAUGAGUGCACCCUCUAAUCCCUUCUCCUUUAUGGUGAUAUUCGACCAGACAGCGGACACGUUGUUGUAUUGCUUCGUCUUCGAAAAAAAAGCUGGAGGACUAAAGAAUAAUGCGCCACAGAGUCUCGUACGACUGCUGAACAACGCUAGUUCGCGGACGGGGGGAGCGGAAUAG